ACCUGUUCCUCUCUGUUUGUCUCUCUCUGCAAAAGCCUGCAACCCACCAAAUCCCCUCAUUUUCACCCUCUCUCUCCUUUCUCUCUGUUAUCGUUUUGGUCACCAAAACAAUCAUUUCUGUAGUUGUUUACCCUCUCUCUCUAUCUAUCUACAUUUCUAAUAUAUGUGGAAGCGAUGAAUGAUCAGUUGCAGAGAUGAUCAUGGGCUUAAACACUGCUACAAGUGAAAGUCUCCACCUUUGGUGGUUCUCUACUCUGUUUCUUCUUCUUUUGGGCCGCUCUUUAGCUCUCAACUCAGAUGGGUCUCUCUUGCUCUCUUUCAAGUAUUCUGUUCUCAGCGACCCACUCUCUGUUCUUGACAACUGGGACUACACCAACGACACUCCAUGUUUGUGGACUGGCAUAACCUGCGCUCAAAUCGAAACCUCCUUUGCCACUCCCGACAUGCUUCGAGUCAUAAGCUUAGUCCUCCCAAACUGUCAGCUUCUGGGUUCAAUCCCAGAAGACUUGGGUUUGAUUCAACACCUUCGAACUCUCGAUCUCUCCCACAAUUUCUUGAAUGGUACUCUACCAAUUUCACUCUUAAACAACGCUUCGGAGCUCCAAGUCCUCUCUCUGUCUAACAACAUGAUCUCCGGCGAGCUUCCUCAGCUCGCCGGCGGCCCAUCCGGCCUUCGACUUCUCAACCUCUCCGACAAUGCCCUUGCGGGAAUUUUCCCAAAAAAUUUCACCACUCUGCAAAAUCUCACUGUCGUUAAUCUCAGAAGUAAUUAUUUUUCCGGUGGAAUUCCCAGUGGGUUUGAUUUUGUGGAGGUUCUAGAUCUGUCUUCGAAUCUUUUCAAUGGCUCUUUACCUGAUGAUUUUGGUGGAGAGAGAUUGAGAUACUUGAAUCUCUCGUACAACAAGAUUUCUGGGUCGGUUUCUUCAGAAUUCGCUAAAACUAUUCCGGCGAAUUCUUCAAUCGAUCUCUCGUUCAAUAAUCUCAGCGGUGAAAUCCCCCAAUCAAUGGCGUUGAUGAACCAGAAAACAGAGUCUUUUUCUGGCAAUGCUGAUCUAUGCGGGAAGCCUCUGAAGAAGCAAUGCACAAUCCCAUCAACACUCUCAACCCCACCCACUGUCAAUUCAACAACAACAUCCACUCCAGCAAUCGCAGCAUUACCCAAAACAAUCGAUUCAAACCCAGAAUCAAACUCAUCUUCAACAACCCCAAAUGGGAAUCAGAGUCAGCAACAGAGCAAGCUGAAACCGGGUUCAAUCGCCGGCAUCGCAGUCGGAGACUUAGCUGGAAUCGGAAUCCUCGCCAUGAUCUUCCUCUACAUCUACCAAUUGAAGAAGAAAAAGAAGAAGAGCUUCGAUAAAAGCGACAAAAGCAAAGAGAAAGAAGAGAAUCAGGCAACUUGGUCGUGCGUGAGCGUUCCAAAUUUGGAAGAAGGGACAACUGGGUCUGAUUCUGAUCAUGAAAAUAACAAUGGUGGUGGUGUGGUGGUGGAGGAGAGAGAGAGGAAAGUGGUGAUGAUGGAGGGAGAGAAGGAAUUGGAACUGGAGACAUUGUUGAAAGCUACGGCGCAUGUGUUGGGUUCGAGUGGGUCGAGCAUAGUGUACAAGGCGGUUAUGGAAGAUGGGAGUGCGGUGGCAGUGAGGAGGAUAGGAGAGGGAGGAAGUGAGAGAACGAGGAGAAAGAAGGAGUUUGAGAACGAGGUGAGGGCUGUGGCGAGGUUGCGACACCCGAAUUUGGUACGGUUGAGGGGGUUUUACUGGGGAGAAGAUGAGAAGCUCGUUAUCUACGACUAUGUGUCCAAUGGCAGCCUCGCUAGUACUGCUGGUUACAAAAAAAUGGGGUCCUCUCCAAUUCGCCUACCAUUCGAAGUCCGGCUCAAGAUAGCAAGAGGAGUGGCUCGCGGACUAACCUACAUCCACGACAAAAAACAAGUCCACGGCAACAUCAAACCAACAAACAUCCUCCUCACCCCAGAUAUGGAACCCAUCAUCAGUGACUUCGGCCUCGACCGCCUCAUCUCCUCCGCCCCCAACAACCACCACCACCACCACCACCACCAACCCACCGUCGCCACCCGCCAUUUCGGCAGCAGACGCUCCACCUCCGCCUCCCACGACGGCGGCGACCUCCCCACCACCACCACUACCAGUCUCGGCUUCGUCGGCUGCACAUCCCCUUACCACGCCCCCGAGUCUCUCGAAACCCUCAAGCCGAACCCUAGGUGGGACACCUAUUCGUUUGGGAUUGUUCUGCUCGAGCUUUUGACCGGGAGGGUUUUCUCGGACCGGGAAUUAAGCCAGUGGACCGCCGGUUCAGCGGCGGAGGACAAGAACCGGUUUUUUAGGAUGGCUGACGUGGCAAUCCGGGGUGACGUGGAGGGGAGGGAAGAUGUUUUGCUGGCAUGCUUUAAGUUAGGGUUUGGUUGUGCUUCGUUGGUGCCGCAGAAAAGACCUUCCAUGAAAGAAGCACUCCAAGUGCUCGAUAAAAUGUCAAGCUCGAAUUUGCAUUGAUGAUGGAGGGCCGUUGUUUGGUCUUUUUGACUUGGGAUGUUGCAUAAAAGAAGGAGAUGUAAUGCUGGUUAAAAAACAAAAAAGGGCUUUGUGUGUCUGACUGGUUAAUUAAUGAUUAAUCGAUUGUUGGCAAUAGUAGUAUCUUUUGAAGAUGAUAAGCAUUUUCUUGACUUUGUUCGUCUUUGUUGGCCCUUAAUUUAAGGUAUAGCAUAGACUCUUUUUAUAGGACAGUUGUUAUUUAGUAAUUGGGAUUGUUGUAACACCAAGAUCAUGGGUUACUUUUUUUAUGUACAUGUCAUGAUUAAGAUGAUAAUGUGAUCGGUAGAGCAACUGGAUGGUUCUUCA